AUGUCCCAUCUGUCCAUCCUUUCGGCGCCACUUCCCGACCUUACUCGCACAUGCAAAGGCGACACCGUCUUUGCAUCGUCACGCGCUUCGUCCAGCAAGCACACCCUCACCGUACCCGACAGCUUCCUGCGACCAUCACGCUCGCAUUCUAGCAGCAUUUACCCGAGCUCGAGCGGCGCAAGCAGCUUGCCAGGCUCUCCAUCGUCGUUGUCGUUCCCACGACGGCCAGGGUUCCGCAGGGCUGCUACCAGCACUGCUGUGACUUCGAUCAACACUGCAGAGUCGACGCGCUUCGACGGGCUGCACUACUCGCAGACACAUUUUUCGCGGAGCACCUUGCUCGUGUACUCGGACUCGGAGGCUGUUGCGCGUGCAGCGACCGGUGGCGAGCAGGCGGCAGAGGAAGACAUCCGUGAGCUGCUGCUUGCGUCAUCGGACGAAGAGAGUUCAACCCCCCCGUCGACACCGGGCAUCGACACGGCGAGGAUCCCGCCCCGAGGGUCGUCCGUGUCGCUGGCGCGUGCCAAGCAGUCUAUGGACUCGGACAAGUCGGUACUCUCCUUGCCUGAACGAAUCACACUUCUCGCACCGCCUGCGACUACACAGGAAAUGUCUCAGUCAAAUACAGAGCUGGCUUUCCAAGCUGCCCACACGAGCAUGAGCAGCCAUCUCGAUGACGGCGGCUCUGCCCGCAGCCUUUCUACCUCAGCCUCUUUUAAGAGGCGUUCCAGGAUCUUGAUGAAGAUCAUCCCGUUCACUCGCGAGGAUCACGCGCCGCCACCCGCUGAUACCGUCCAGCCCUUUGGAACAUUUCCACGCGUUCGCACGAAUGCGGCCCGCAACGAGCCCGUCGAGACCUUAGCUGCUCGCUUCUGCGAACUCAGUCCUAGCUCGCCCUCUCCACGCAACUCAGUGUCGAGUGUCCACUCGAUAUUCUCCACCGGAGGCGCGAGCCCGUCGCCUGAGAUGUCGCCGCCAGACCUCCCAACUGGAUGUGGGUCCGGCAGCUACGCGCGACGCUGUGCGCGCGGUGGUCCCAAGAGACCGUCUAGCAAAGACUCUGUGCGCAGCCUCUUCUCACUGUCCUCUACCCUGCAGAACGGCCCCUCCAAGUCCAACACCACCUCUGAGGCAACGGAGUGGGAACAAGUUCUGAAAGAUGCCGAGAAACGUGCUGUGUGGCAGAGUAGCAUCAGCCAUCGUCCCCGACAGCACUCUUCUCUUAGGAGCGGCGCUCGAACCGCAUCGCACCACAUGAGUUGGCCGAGGAGCGGUCCGAGACCAUGGGCGUCACAAUCACGGCCGCAGGACACUCUGCUGCUUGAGCACAUGUUUGUAGAUGCGGGGGGCGGCGGGCAGGAGUAUGGGCGUGAGAGCUAUUCUGGGCUCCCGGUGGGUGCAGAUGGCUCGUGGAGCUUGCCCGUGUCGGCAGCUGGGAGUCGGCGCCCUUCCAUUGCAGCGGGUACUAUGAGCUCCCAAGUACCGAUCGUAUCCUCCAUCGAAGACUACGCUUGCCAAAGUCGAUUUGGCACGCUACCUCGAGUGAAGUCAAAACGGCCCAGCACGACGGCGAUGCGUGGAGGAACAACACCGUCUCAACCCGACACACCAGCAGGUGGUACUGUGCUAGGAACAUCCUCUCUCGGCCGCGCAACAGCCCUGCGCAGACGGCCCGUGCCCGACGCAGCAUCGUUCUGGGCCAUGGGGCGACGGCGCUCGUCCGGGCUCGCCCCCGGCAUCUCGACCACCAGCACGCGAAUGAUGCCUACCAUCCCCCAGGGCCACUCUCGCGAAACCUCCCUAACCGCCGCCGACGACAACGGCCCACAGACGCCGCCGUGGCUCGGGAUGGACCCCUACGCUGCCACCGGCCAGCGGUGCGACAGCUUCGCCUCGGAAGCAGGCGGCGGCGGCGGGGGCGAGCUCCUCCCCUUUCGCUUCUUUCCCCGGCGCGGGUCCCAAGACGACCUCGCGCUCCUCAGUUCCCGUCCUCGCACCGCAUUAUCCGGUGCAUCUGCCGGCGCGAGCGAAGGCCCGCUGUUCAACCUGCAUCCGUUCGCGCCCCGGCGUCCGUCGAUCGGGCGGAGCGCGUCGAGCUACGAUAGGCACCCGCGCAGGUUUUCGCGCCCGGACGUGCCCGAGGCCGUCACGGGCUCCGAGGAAAGCGCGGACCCCUUCGACGACGGCGACGGGUGGUGUAGGAGGAGAAGCACGCUUGCGAGUUUGGGCUUACCACAGCCGCAGCAGCAGUAG